AUGGGCCGACUGGAAGGGAAGGUUAUUGUCCUGACAGCUGCUGCUCAAGGGAUCGGCCGGGCCUCUGCAUUAGCUUUUGCAAAAGAAGGAGCCAAAGUCAUAGCCACAGACAUCAAUGAGUCCAAACUCCAGGAGCUGGAAAAGUACCCAGGUAUUCAAACUCGAGUCCUUGAUGUCACAAGGAAAAAGCAAAUUGAUCAGUUUGCCUCAGAAGUUGAAAGAAUUGAUGUCCUCUUUAAUGUUGCUGGUUUUGUCCACCAUGGGACCAUCCUGGAUUGCGAGGAAAAAGACUGGGACUUCUCAAUGAAUCUCAACGUCCGCAGCAUGUACCUGAUGAUCAAGGCAUUCCUUCCCAAAGGUAAUCUCUGUGAUCCCCAAAUUGAAGGUUCUCUUCCACCCUCAUCCUUCAUCGUCACCGCGGUGCUCUCAGGGUCAAACCCAAGUUCUUCACAGCAGCCUGGGUUCACUCUGCAGCCUGAUUGCUCCCAGGCCUCCGUUCCAGCCAGACCCAUCCCCACCUCCCGGGUCCCUCGUGGAGACCUUAUUCGUGUAAUGCUUGCUCAGAAAUCUGGCAACAUCAUCAACAUGUCUUCUGUGGCCUCGAGCAUCAAAGGAGUGGAAAACAGAUGUGUGUACAGUGCAACCAAGGCGGCUGUGAUUGGUCUCACAAAGUCUGUGGCUGCAGACUUCAUCCAGCAGGGCAUCAGGUGCAACUGUGUGUGCCCAGGAACGGUUGACACCCCAUCUCUGCAAGAAAGAAUUCAAGCCAGAGAUGAUCCCACAAAGGCCCUGCAAGCUUUCCUAAACAGACAAAAGACGGGAAGGUUCGCAUCUGCAGAAGAAGUGGCCCUGCUCUGCGUCUACUUGGCCUCAGAUGAAUCUGCCUAUGUGACUGGCAACCCUGUCAUCAUCGAUGGAGGCUGGAGUCUGUGA